CAGCAGACAAAAAAAUUUGGAUUUCUACCGUCUGCUUUGCAUUUGUUGUGAAUAGUAGGCUUUUGACUGUUUUUCCGUUCGAUCUCUUCAAGUAUUUUAUCAUAAGUGUUAAGUAAGCCAAAUCAGAGAUUAAUUUAGUUUACAUUGCUGGCUGUUUUGUGGGAUUUUUAUACGGUUGAGCCCUGGAAAUGAGCGGCAAGGCCGCAAGAGGACUGGGAAAGUCACGACAGAGCUUCCAUUUCUUGGAGCGCCCGAAGAAAGCAUCAGCUGCGCAGCUAAUUUUAACAUUCGUGUUUGUUUCAAAGGUAGCUUUUUAUCCGUCGUUUGUUUGCUUGCCUUUCAAAUCACGACGACCAAAGAGGAAGAAAGAAGUCGUCUGUUAGAUCCUCAAUCGGAUAUUAAAAUAGGAUGUUGAUUGUUUUGCAAGGUUCCGAAUAAUUCUUCUUUUUUUUGCGAUGAGCAAAUUUGCCUUUGACGUUAGGGGAAGCAGAAAAUUUUUUAGUUUGGUUAGAGAGAAAAACACCAAAGAGGUAGCAUUUAACAAGGAAGGAGCAAAGAUGAUAUAGGACUGAGGGGAUUCGGCGGAGAUGACGUAGUUGCUUUUGAUUGGUAAUUAAUUAAAAGGGACAUCCUCGUGACUGCUUGUCAAUCUUAUGGCAAUUAAUUGGAAAAUCUUUGUCAAACUUUAGGCUAAACACACGGAGACGCCGACAAAUAGCUUUGUUUUUCAUUACCAGGUUAGAUAAAGCUACCGAGGCUGCGCCUUUUAGAACAGCCGUGUUUACGGUAUAGCAGAGAGUCAUCUCCCCAGACAGGAACUCGAUUAAGAUAGUGUCCUUAGGCUAAACAGGUGUUUUUUUUUGUAGUUGCAAAUGAAAAAUUGACUGCGGUUUCUCUUGUAACUCAUUUUUUGUUGUGUACUCGAAGCAAUAAGAGAAGUGCGAUAAGAAGGUUCAUCAUCAUUAUACAUCGAUAGUUAGAAAGCUUUUCCUCAGUCUUUGGGUCUGGAUCAAAAUAUGCCUUCGCCCAGUAAUGGCUCAUAUUUUUCGACGAAUGACACGUUCGUGUACCAGCUAAGAACAGCAACGACGGUGCUCUUUUCGUUUAUGAUAAUUAUCGGAGCACCAGGGAACAUACUUCUUUUGCUAGCGAUAGGUCGCCGUCAGCCGUCGAGAGCCUCAUAUUUCUAUAUGCUUUUCUCUAUCGCCUUGGCAGACCUAGGAAUGGCUAUGAUUGCAGCCCCUCAGCGAAUCAUGGAGAAUUAUACAGGUUGGCCUUUCGGAAGUUUCAUGUGCAAUUUCCUUGUUUCCAUUCAAGAGCUUUUCGUCUCCGUAUCAGUCGUGACUCAUACGACCAUAGCGCUGGAGAGGUACCGGACAAUUCAACAGCCCUUUAAAAAACGAAUAAACCAGAAAACGUCAAAGUUUUUGGUAGCUUUCAUUUGGUUAGGCUGUUACGUGUCCGCGGCCUUACCCCAAGCUGUUAUACUUGAGCUCUAUAAAGAACCUGAUGGCAGAGUUUACUGCAUUCCGGAGUUCCCAUCGGAUGAAUUCCGCCGCGUGUACGAAGUUUACCUCGUCGUGUUGUUCAUCACGGUUCCUCUAUUCAUACAGUCGUGGUGUUACGUGAACGUAUUCAUUGUCGUUUACCGAGAACUAAAACGUGCCUCCGAAGGAAACGCUAACAGAAAGGACAUUCUGAAACGAAUCAAGCAAAAGAUUCACGUGGUGAAAGUCCUGGUGUGUCUUGUUGCUGUUUUCCAGUGUUGUUCAAUUCCUCGAGGUGUUUUGAUGCUGAUAAGGGAAUUCGAAGACGAUGUCACAAUGGCAACGAACCAGGUUUUCCAUUACGCUGACGUCGUUUGCCUUUUUGCGUACUAUGUUAAGCAUACGGUGAACCCGAUUAUUUUGUGGAGUACAAGUAAAGAGUUUCGAUUGUGCUGAAGAAAGUUGUCAUAUUGCAACAGACACGUUGAACUACACACCCAUACCAAUUUCAACUCAUUUUUUCUGCGGAUGUUUUUCAGAUAAAUUGAACGAAAACCCACCAUGCUUAGAAUACCGUUCUGAGGUUUUUUUUCCAGGGGCCAGGGGGAGGUGUUCCCAUCAUGCUGGUGAAGAGGGUUUGAGUUGUAAGGUAUUUGGUUACCUAAAAUCAUAACAUGGUCGCCAGAAACACUGAACAAAUAUAGAA